AUGGCGGCCGAAGCACAAGCAGCUGCGUCUUCCUCUCCAGGUAAAGAGGUCCCGUCUGUGAUCAACCUCACCAUUGUCCUUCCCGAUCCCGAGGCCGAAAAGCUGCAAAUCAUGGUUUCAACCCAAGAGCAAGUUCACGAGAUUCGACAGUCCAUCAUCGACUUGCCAGCAGCAUUCCAGUACACAUGCUUCCACCUUGAGUUCCAAGGCCAGAAGAUCAAUGAUUUCAUUCCCUUGGCCGAGAUCCCCGAUCUUGGUACUGAGCCGGAAUUUCGCUUGGUCCCGGACCCAUAUACCGAGAAGGAGGCCCGUAUUCAUCUGGUCAGAAUCCGAGAGCUGAUCGGUGCCGCGGGCAACCGCUCCGAUGCUGCACAGGGCAUCCUUCCCGGACUGUCGUUGUACGAGUCUGUGACCAAGAACCUGUCGACCCAGGCCGAGGGUAGCGAGGAUCAGCCCCUUGCCAAAGACUAUGAUUUCCAAGCUACUCCUUCUAUCACUACCCUUGUCCCUGAGCCCAUUGAGCCGGCGCCCAAGACGAUCAAGAUGGUAGCUCUCUCAUCGUGGAACCCUCCGCCUUGCCACCUGCAACAGCGUGGACACCUGCUCUACAUCGUUGUUACUACCAACGAAGGCGAGCAGUUCCAAGUCACUGCUCACGUGUCCGGCUUUUUUGUCAACAAAUCCUCCAACGCCAAGUUCGACCCCUUCCCACGACCUGCACCCAAGGGUCAGUCAUCACACUCCCUGUUGAAGCUGAUUGAGCUCCUUUCGCCCUCUUUCGCCGCCUCUUUCAAAAGUCUCCAGGACUACAACAGCCAAAGGGAUCCGUUGGCUACGUUCCAAAUCACCAACGCCAUCCCCAACUCACCCUGGGCUCUGCCGUCUCCCAGCUCUACUCUCUGCACACAUUCUCCUGAUAUCACGAGGCCUCAGGAAACAUAUCUGUUGGCCGGCGUUGACAACACCGACACACUGCGUGACUGGAACGAGGAGUUCCAAUCGGCAAAGGAACUGCCGAAGGAGUCCGUACAAGACCGGGUAUUCCGUGAGCGCUUGACAUCGAAGCUUUUCGCAGACUACAACGACGCCGCCGUCAAGGGCGCAGUGUUGAUUGCCCAUGGAGAGAUUGCGCCUCUGAACCCAACAGAGACCAGGGAUGCACAGAUUUUCGUCUACAACAACAUUUUCUACUCCUUUGGAGCAGAUGGUGUCGGCACCUUUACCUCCGAAGGUGGCGAUGAGGCCGCCCGUGUUGCUACAGGAAAGGAUGUAGCGGGUGUGCAGUUGGUCAACCAGCUGGACAUUGACGGCCUGUUUACUCCCGCCACUGUAGUUGUUGACUACCUGGGUAAGCGCAUUGUUGGCCAGAGCAUUGUUCCAGGCAUCUUUAAGCAGCGCGAGCCCGGAGAGCACCAGAUCGACUAUGGUGCGGUUGAUGGAAAGGACGUUGUUGCGAUUGACGACCGGUUCACCACCCCCUUCUCUCAGCUUUCCAAGGCCCUCAAGGUGAAGGAGCACCCUGUCUGGGACAAGGAUGGCAAGAGAUUUGACCUCGAGGCCAGCGUGGAAACUAAGGGUUUGAUGGGCACGGACGGCCGUAAGUACGUUCUUGAUCUGUACCGAAUUACGCCCUAUGAUGUCGCAUGGAGGGAAGAGACGGAAGCCUCAGAGUAUCCUCACAGGAUGACGGUGCUACGACCGGAGUUGGUGGAUUCUUUCGGGCGCUAUCGGAUGAAGCAGUGGAUUGAUGCUGAAUUGGCUCGUCGCGCCCCGCCAAAGUCAGAAGACGCUUCGGCCGAGCCUUCAACCGAGGCAAAGGACGAGGCCAAGGACGAGGCUAAGGAAGAGACCAAGGACGAGACCAAGGACGAGGACAAGGACGAGAAGAAUGAGGUUGCGAAGACAGAUGCUGCUGAGGCUGAGAAGAACCAGCCCAACCUAUCUGAUUUCAAGUUCGCCCUCAACCCCGACGCAUUCAGCGGACAGACUCCUCGCACUGAGGAAGAGAAGGCCGAGCUCGAAGCCGAUGAGCAAGAAGUCAGGGCUGCAGGAGAAUACCUGCGUGACCGAGUGAUUCCGGAAUUCCUGCGCGAGCUCGUUGAUUCCGACAUCAGCUUCCCCAUGGAUGGCCAGUCCCUUGGUCGCAUCCUGCAUAAGCGAGGUAUCAACAUCAGAUACCUCGGAAAGAUCACGACACUCGCCGUCAACGAUCGACUCCGCUGCCUGCGCGAAAUCUGCAUCCAGGAUAUGGUUGCUCGUGCGUUCAAGCAUGUCUCCGCCACCUACCUGCGUUCGCUUCCCGCCCCAUUUGCGCCUUCUUGCAUUUCUCAUCUCCUGAACUGCCUUCUAGGCCAUCGGUUCAACGCCAAGCCUGUAGCAGAUAUCGACCAAACCUUCCGGGAGCUGUACCCCGAAGCUGAUUUGUCAUUCGAAUCAGCCACCCCUGAGACGCUGCGAGAGCAGAUUGAGGAGCAGGUCCUGAAGCGCUUCCGUUACCAACUUGGUGCAAACUGGUUCGACGAGGUGCGUCCUGUGCAGCUGCUCCGUGAUAUCUGCAUCAGAGCGGGUGUUCAGGUGCUGGCAAAGGACUAUGUGUUUGAGAGUGGUGUCAUCGCUGCUGCCCCUGUCGCCGCUGCCCAGCCAGAGCAGACCAAUGGCCAGACGAGCAGCGAAACAAAGAGCAAGAAGAAGAAGAAGGCAAGAGAAAGCUCUCCAACAACUCCUCCAGCUCCUGAAGUCAUCUCUACCUUUACCCCUGACGAUGUUCUGAACGUUGUACCGGUGGUCAAGCACUCAUGCCCCCGAAGCUCUCUUGCAGAGGAAGCCCUGGAGGCGGGCCGUAUCUCCAUCCUUCAGAACCAGAAAAAGCUUGGACAGGAGCUGCUGCUGGAAUCUCUGUCUCUUCACGAGCAGAUCUACGGCAUCCUUCACCCAGAAGUUGCAAAGGUCUACAACAGCCUAUCGAUGCUGUACUAUCAACUCGAUGACAAGGAAGUCGCCGUUGAGCUGGCUAGGAAGGCCAUCAUUGUUUCCGAGCGCACUGGCGGUGUCGACUCUGCUGAAACGCUUCUCAACUACUUGAAUCUCAGUCUCUUCCUGCACCAGGUUGGUGAUAGCAAAUCAGCUCUGGCCUAUUCCAUCCACGCGCUCAAGCUGUGGAAGAUCAUCUAUGGACCUGGUCAUCCAGACUCGAUCACGACCAUCAACAACGCGGCUGUUAUGCUGCAGGGUGUCAAGGCUUACCACGAGUCCCGACUCUGGUUUGAGGAGUCUCUGCGCGUAUGUGACUCCGUCUUUGGCAGACAGUCAAUCAACUCCGCCACUCUUCUCUUCCAGUUGGCGCAGGCCCUCGCGCUCGACCACGAUUCCAAGGCGGCCGUCAACAGGAUGCGUGAGUCGUACAACAUCUUCCUCACCGAACUGGGUCCGGAAGACAAGAACACCAAAGAGGCCGAAAGCUGGCUGGAGCAGUUGACCCAGAACGCGGUCUCUAUCGCCAAGCACGCCAAGGAUGUGCAAGCAAGGCGCAUUCGAUCAGGCAUCAAGUUCCCUGUUGCCACAGCCGCACAGUCUGCUGGCGCAGCGCCCCAGCGUGGAGCGGCGUCUCAGAUCGAUUCCCGCAGCAUCGACGAGCUCCUGAAAUUCAUCGAGGGCAAUGAUACAUCCAAGACGGGCUCUAAGAAGCGACCCGGACGCGGAAACCCCAAGAGACGAGGAGCGACGAAAUAAACACCUAUGAGCGUGCCACUUGAAGCAGGCGUGAAUUUUUCUUUCGCCGAAACUCGAUGUUGAUUAUGUAUUUAACGAGAUGUCAUGGUUUCAUGAAUGGGUAUGGGCACAGGCUUCAGGACAAGGGAUGGUGGCUGAAUGAAUGGAAUUCCUCAUGCCUGCGGAUGUAUACUUUGGGCCUUUGGGGAGUCUUCAUGAGUGUAUUAUAUAGUGUUUGGGGGGAAACAAAAAAGAAGCGGAAAAAAGCAAGGACCAUGUAUAUCUACGUAUCAUAUAGUUGGCUUCUGACACUUGGAAGCAGAUGUUGAACAAAAUACCUCACUCAUUAACG